CGGCUCACAGCACAGACGGCAGGUGGCGCAGAGGAGCACAGCGCCACCUCUGACAAACCACAGAAGAAGCAGAACGGGGUCUCUGAUGCACACCCUCCGCCAACAUGAAGGCACCCAGGGCAGCUUGUGCCUCUGAUUUUAAAGAAUAAAGCCUUGUUAUUUCUUUCACAAGGGCUGAAUCCGCACGCAGGACUAAAGUAGAUGCGACGCCGACUUAAUAUCUUGGUCCUGCAGAAUGUCCAAGAUCAGGCGGAAGGUAACAGUGGAGAAUUCAAAGACCAUAUCUGACAGCAGCAGCAACAGCAGCACCGCCACCAGCAGCACCAGCAACCCCGCCCCCCCGUCCCGCCGGCCCAGUGUGUUCGAAAGACUCGGCCCCAGCACUGGGAGUAAUGCUGCUGAUAGUCACUGUAGAAAUUGGCUGAAGACCGGUAAUUGCAGCUACGGCAACACUUGUCGCUACACACAUGGAACUCAGCCACGGGGCAAAGGAUUUAGCUUUAGUCGGUCAGCCGAGAGACCCACAGGUGAUCUGCGGGAGAGGAUGAAGAAUAAAAGACAGGAUGUUGACCCAGAAAACCUGAAGCGAGACCUAGACGAGCCCACAUCCCCCACAGCGCGACAGAGAGACUCCUCCAGAGGCCGACACAGGGCAAAGGAGGAUAUAAAGAUCACAAAGGAGCGCACCCCAGCCAGUGAAGAAGAGCCCACAGAGUGGGAAACCAAUCGUGAAGACUCAGAUAUCGGUGACUACGACUACGAGUUAUCCCUCGAAAUGAAGCGCCAGAAGAUUCAACGCGAGCUGAUGAAAUUGGAGCAGGAGAACCUGGAAAAGAGGGAGGAAAUUGUCAUCAAGAAAGACGAGACCCCCGCCAAAACAAGAGCCACUGCCAUGCCAAAGGCAUCCCCGGAGCAGUUAAGCAGUAAAGAUUCACCUUCAUCCAGGAAGUCCAGUGGUUCCCCAAAACACAAGAGUGGACCCAAAGGCCCAGGUUCUGGGAAGAAAGAGAAGAAGGUGUCCGUGUCCUCACCUGUUUCUGGAGAAUCUGCCAGGUCUUCAAAAGGUAGCCACAGUAAGAAGAAGGGGCCCCGUACCCCCAGUCCUCCUCCCCCGGUCCCUCUGGACCUUCCUGUGAUGGGGAAGAAACACAAAGGCAAGCACAAAAACAAGGAGAAGUCUGAGGAGAAGCAGAAGGAAGGCAAAGAUCGAGGACGCGACGCCGAGAAACACAAAGAGAAGAAGGAAAAGCGCAGGGACCGAUCGGACAGUUCCCACAAGGCCAAGCGGUCGGUGACAUCAGAGGAGCGCUCUGGCAGCGUGUCAUCGCCUUCUCGUGGCACGUCACCGCCAGUCAGGAAGAAAUCCACUUCUCCUAAAGCUUCGUCCCAUAAGGCCGCUGCACUGGCCUCCCCUCCUCGCAGGUCCCCCUCUCCUCCACGCCGCCAGCGCACCCCCACACCUCCACGCCAUCACUCCCCUUCCUCCCACUCGGGCUCGUCAGCCCAGCGGCACUCUUCGUCCUCGCCUCGUCGGCGUCGCUCGUCCUCUCCCGCCUACCACCGGAGCGCAGCAGCCGCGUCCUCUGCCCCCUCCCCGUCCCGGCACUCACGCUCGCCUCCAACCUCCCACGACGCCUCCUCGCCCCACCGUCGAUCUGACAGGUCGAGCCCCAGCCGGCGACACUCCAGGGGACGCGAGAGGAGCCGCGGGGAAAGGGAGAGAAGUCCACCCGUGCAGGAGCGCAGACACGAGCGCAGAGAUGAAAGCCGCAGCAAGCGGGAGAAGGAAAGCAUCCGCGACGACCGGGACUACGACUCUGAACAGAUCUCAUCACGGGACGCUCGUGACGACAGGGAGACCAGAGAGGCCCGCGAGCGACGUGACGCCCGCGAUCGAGGAAGGGAAACCGCACGAGACUCUCGCGACCACCGAGACAACAGGGACAUAAAGGACACGAGAGAGAGCAGGGCUGAGACCCGCUCCAGCCGAGAGUCGCUGGAAAUGCGUGACCGCGAACGGGAACGAGAGAGGGACCGGGAGAAGGAGAGGGAGAAGGACCGCGAGCGGGAAAAGGAGAGAGAGAGGGAGAGGGCUGACUCUCACAGGAAGGAGGAAGCGGUUCAGGAGGACAGGGGAUACGGGAGAGGUCAUGGGCGGGAUGAUGGAGGGAGAGCUGAAGGCCGCAUGGAUAACAGGAUGGACAGAACUGAGAGGAACGGCCGAGGGAGAGGGCGUGCUAAUGAAACCUCUGAUAAAGGUUCAAACAGAAACUCCCGGGGCUCCCAGCUCGAAAGCAGCCAUGACAACUGGGAGUCACGGAGCAGUGGUGCACGUGAACGCAGCGCGGAGAGGAGCACAGACCGCAGCGCUACCGAAAGAAGCUCCGAGAGGGGCUCGGACCGAGACCGCUACGAGGGUGACAGGAGAGGAGAGCCAGCCCGUGAUUCCUCCUACGACAGGAGAGGAGGCCACGGAGAGCGGGAUCGCAGGGACAACAGAGAGAGAGAUCAAAGAGCCGCCUCCCCAAAUCGACACCAGGGGAGAUCAGAGGAGUCUGAGAGAGAGGAGAGGAGGGAUGAGCGCAGGACUGACAGAGCAGAGGACAGACGAGACGACAGGAUCCGCGACCGGGAUCGAGAGAGGGAGCGGGAGAGGGACAGGGAAAGAGAGAAGGAGAAGGACAGAGAGCGCGAGAGGGAAAGGGAGAAGGAGCGCGAAAAGGAGAGGGAGGCAGAGAGGGAGAGGGAGCGAGUCAGAGAGCGGGAGAGGGAGAGAGAGCGGGAGAGGGAGAGGGAACGAGAGAGGGAGAGGGAGCGCGAGGAGCGGGAGAGAGAGAGGGAGGAACGAGAGCGGGAGAGGGAGAGGAAGGAGCGGGAAAGGGAGAGGGAGAGAGAGAGGGAGCAGCGGGAGCGCGAGAGGCAGCGGGAAUGGGAGGAGCGAGAGAGAGGAAGGGAGGAGAGACGGGAGAGGAGGGAGGACGUCAGGGACGACCGUUCUGUUCGAGACACCCGGGAUGACCGCAAGACGAGUCGUAAAAGGACCAGGCUGGAGAGCAGCCCGAGCCCCCGACCCUCGCCCAAGCGAGCGACGCGGGACCUCAGCCCGGCAGACAGCGACGGCUACAACAGUGGAGAAGACAAAAGUAGUGACAAGCACCGUCUGCUGAGCCAGGUGGUGCGACCCCAGGAACCCUUGCUACGUUCUCCACCGAGGGCUGCCCCGCCUGAGGAAAAGCCCGGUCACUGGAAGGAUGAGGAACGGCGAGCAGCCAGCGACAAGAGGGAAGCACGUGGCCGCCUCGAGGACCUGGAGCCUCGCGGGGAACGGAGCAGAGGAGGAGGAGGAGGCGGUGGUGGCGGCGACAGGCGAGGAGAACACCUUGCAGACACCCCGACCGACUCCCGCAGCAGAGGCAGAGACCAGCGAGAGUCCACGCCGCCCCCGCCUCCGUCAGCCCUCACCACUGCCAGCGAAGACAGAGACACAGCCGGCUCCCAGUCCCACGAGGAGGGCAAGAAAAAGACAAAGUCGCUGAGGAAGGGUUUGAAGAAGGGUCGGAAAGAAGAGGAGGUCGGCGUCGGUGGCGGCAGCAGCCUGGCUGGUGCAGGAGAUCGUUUCAACCCCGAGCCUCCAACUACUGGUCCUGCGGAAGUACCUCCACCCUUGUACUCCCCCCGGAAAGUAGCCAAGAAGAAGGCACUUGAACGAAAGAGGAAACGGUCACAAGAAGGAGAAUCGGAUGUGUCUGACGAGGAUUCAUCCGCUCAUCAGCUGCACAACAAGAGGAAGAGGGGUCCCCGGACACCACCGCCCUCAAUGAGGCCCGAUCACCGCGGUACUGGAGGCAACACAGAGCCGUCUCCACUGUCCAAAAUGGACAACUUCAGCGACUGGUCCGAUGAGGAGGUCACAGACCGAGGGGGAGGACCACUUGAAACGCAACCACCCCUGGCUCCUGCUGAGAGAGCUCCUGCUGAGCCUCUUAGGAGAGCAGGUCUCCGGGUGGGCAGGGACAGGGAGCGGUGCAACCCUCCACCCAUCGCCCCUCUGAUCCCCCAGGAGCCUCAGAUGCUGUUGCAGACUCUGACACCACAGCCGCUCAUGUCCCAGCCGCUGCUUCGCAAGCCUCCCCCGGAGCCGACGCGCAGCAGCAGCAUGGGUAGUAACCAGAGCCGCACAUCGUCCAGACGCCUGCGGUCACCCUCCAACGAGUCUGCCCACAGAGACGACCUGCAAGGACCUCGAUCACACCGGGGCCGGCUGCAGGGUGCCAACUCUCGGGACCGGGAAAGAGAGAGGGAGCGAGAGAGGGAGCGGGAAAGAGAGAGGGAGCGAGAGAGGGAGCGUCCGGCUGUGAACGAACCACCAGGGGCCGAGAGGAAGUCUCGAAUCGACCAGCUGAGGAGAGGAGAGCCCAGCCGCAGCACCUCCUCAGACCGGCAGGAUUCCCGCAGCCACAGCUCCAGACGCAGCUCUCCUGACUCCGAGAGACAGGCCAGGUCCCGCGCCGGCUCCUACGACAGCCGAGAACGGGAGAGAGACCGGGAGCCUUUCGAGCGGGAACGAGACCGGAAGGAGCUGCGGCCUCAGCAGCCGCAGCAGCAGCAGCCUCCUCUGCUCCUCCAACAGCCGCUACAACAGCAGAGAGACUGGGAGCCCGAACCCAGAGACUGGCCUAGCAGGGGACGGGAGCCCCUCCUGAUGCGUCCUGGGCGCGAGCCUCUCCUGAGGGAGCGGGACAUCAGGGAGAGGGAACGCUUACUCCCCGAAGGACUCAUCCAGCAGCAUGAGAGGGAGAGGGAGCGGGAGAGAGACGGCAGAGGCGACAGAGGCGUCGAUCGAGAGAGGGAGAGGAUGAUGAUGUUGGACCUGCCGCCCCACGGCGACCCCAGGGCUCCAGGACGAGUGGACAUGAGGGCCGAAAUCAGAGGAGACCUGCGAGUGGACAUGAUGCGACAGGACAGGAGCGACUACGAGCCUCUGCUGCCGAGGGAAGCCUUCAGCCCUCCAGAGCCAGAGAAGCUGAGCAACAGUCACCAUCUGAUGGGAGAGCAGCGCGAGCUGGAGAAGGCGGACAGCAUCGACGGAGACGACGACGGGAAAGAGGACGAUGGGCAGUCGGUCCCGUCAGUUGGAGAAGAGUAUGAACCGAUCAGCGACGAUGAGUUGGAUGAAAUCCUGGCUGACAGCCAGAAAAAAGAGGAUCAGCAAGAUGAAGAGAAAAUUACAGGUCCUCUGGAUGUGAUCGAUGUUGACUGGUCCAGCCUGAUGCCCAAACAGAAGCAAGAACCUCGGGCAGCAGGGGCAGCUUUACUCCGGUUCACCCCAGGGGCCGUGCUUCUUAGGGCGGGCAUCUCCAAGAGACUCGCUGGGCCCGAACUCCUGGAGCAGGUCAGAGAGGUGUGCAAGUCUGAGCUGGAUGACCCCAAAGAUGCGGACAAGCUGUUUGAGCACGACCUGGGAGCCUUGAAUAUGGCAGCCCUGAACAGGCGGGUGGAGAGAGCGGGUUUACUGAGCAACCUCGGGCCUUGCUGCAAGGCCCUGUGUGCCCGCAGGGACUUCGCCAUCCGCCGGCAGCUGCUCAAAAACGACAAGGGCCUAACCAAGCAGUACCCCACGACGCCCGUGGUCGACAACGAGCUGCUGCAGAUGAGCAUGCGCCUCUUCAGAAGGACCAUGGCCGGCCAGGCCUCGGACCCAGAAAGGCCUGACGGUGGGUCGGCACCAGCAGCCGAGACGGCUGCAGCUGCUGCAGGUGGUGGUAGUAGUAAGCUCAACACAGCACAGGCUGAGGUGUGUGUGUCCUGAAAGAAAAUGGGCGUAUUGAGUCAAAACAUAUGAAAGUGAACGCUUCUCAGCUUCUUCUAGGCGCCCGACUCUGUCCCGUUUCAUUAGCCUUUUUAGUCAUGAGUGGAAAUAAAGAAAAAAAAACAGCAACAUUGUGAAUCUUAUUCAGUUAUGCUUUACAUGUUUUUGGAUCAUCUGCAAGUGCAGUCCCAUAGACUACUGGACAUUCUAGCCUAUGGAGGUGUGUAAUGUACAAGAAGGAUAAAAGAAACCUAAAAUGACUUCAUGUUUUUUUUUUUUUGUUUUUUUUUUGCAAUGCGAUGUUUUAGAGCAGCUUUUUAAUUAUUCGUUUUACCUGCCUAAUCAAGUUAAAUGUUGUUUUCAUAUACUGUGCAUUUGGUUACUACAACUGCAUUAAAGUGGUUAGAUGUCGAUUUUUCUAACGGGUCUUUUGCUUUGUAUGAAGUGACUGUUCAGCCUUCGAAUAAUGUGACACUUGAUGUGAUUUUUGUUUUUUUGUUUGUUUUGUUUACACAAUAUUACAAAAAUAUAUGCAGAGCAAAUCUCUGCCGAGUGUUACCGACCAACAAAACACUGAGACAUCCUGCAGGGACUUGAAUGAAUGUUUCUCGUGGAAAAAUAAGCACUGCCAAACUAUUCCUCCCAUCGAAUGUAAUUUGUUCUGUCAGACUUUUGGAAAGAUUAUUGCUUUUGUGUUUGCUUUUUGAAUGGUUUGGCAAUGUCUCCCUGAGAUGAACUGAAGUGAGCGCACAGCACACUGUAGACUCCAGAGUACCAGAUCUCCAACACUGCCAUGUGGAAGCCCUCUCGUUCUUUAACCAGCCCACACCAUCCAAAAAAAGGAGCCAGAAUGUCCUCAAUAGGAAAAGACACUUAGACUUUUUUUUAAAAAUGACUGAAAAGAUAAUUAAUAUCAGCUUCACAUCGUGUUUCUGUGUUCCAGUGGUUGACCAACCAGAGUCACAAUAAAAAGACUUGUACAGGUGGAUAAAGUGAACCUCUGGGAUGUGCUUGUUUAGUUCAACAAGUGACACUUGAAAAAGAGCAGGUUGUGCAUGCCGUGAGCGCUCGGACACACAUUCAACGGACAAACCAGCAUCAACAGCUUAAAGAACGUAAUAAGAAUGAUCUUAGAGCCCUGGAUUCAACAUGACACCUCCUCCCAGCCAUGAAACUGUGACUUGAAAUCUAAGUGACAUUACAGCAGACAUGGAAAGAUUGGGCUCGGAUGUAGCUCGCUAUCUUUUAGUCUGACCACAACUCUAUGUGGUCGGAAAACACUUUUCCUACUACAUAUUUAUUUUGUCUAAGGUUCAAGAGCAAUUUUGAGAUGUGCAAGUAAUGAUAUUUGGUUAAACGCUGUAUUUUUUAUUUUUAUUUUUUACUGUAAAAUAAAUGUAGAAUGAUUUUUUAAA